AUGCAGCCAAUACAUUAUCAGAGAAGAGAGCGUAGUGGUAGAGAUUUGGAUUCUCCAAGAGAUUCGUCGAGAUUGAUCACUGGUAGUGCUGAUCAGACUGCAAAGCUGUGGGAUGUGAAAUCUGGACAACAAUACUUCACAUUCAAGUUUGGUUCUCCGGCUAGGUCUGUGGAUUUUGCUAUUGGUGAUAAGCUUGCAGUGAUUACCACUGAUCCUUUUAUGGAACGUACCUCUGCUAUUCACGUCAAGCGUAUUUCGGAAGAUCCCGAAGACCAGACUGCUGAUUCUGUGCUUGUCCUUGAAAGUCCUGAGGGAAGGAAGAGGAUUAACAGAGCUGUUUGGGGUCCUUUGAACCAAACCAUUGUUAGCGGUGGUGAAGAUGCCGUGAUCAGAAUCUGGGAUUCUGAGACUGGAAAAUUGCUCAAGGAAUCAAAUGUGGAAGAUGGUCACAAGAAGACCAUUACAUCGCUUUGCAAAGCAGCUGAUGAUUCUCACUUUAUUACGGGGUCACUUCACAAAACUGCAAAGGCAUCUGUGGGACCUGAGAACGCUUACUCUCAUCAAGACAUACAUUUCCGGGGUUCCCGUAAAUGCUGUCUCCAUGUUGUGAUUGGAGGUGGUCAAGAUGCAUCAGCUGUCACUACCACUGAUCAUCGCGCUGGAAAGUUCGAAGCCAAAUUCUAUGACAAGCAUAAUGUUUUCAUGCAAUACUGA